UCGGGAACAUGGCGGCGAGUGAAUCAGUGCGGCGGAGGGCGCAUGCGCGCAGGAGGGAGGGUGGUAUCUUGUGAGGAAAGGAGAGGGGCUUCCGCAAUGCAGGUGAGCCGGGCAGCAACGCUGGUCACCCUCACGCUGUGGGCGCUAUGUUCGCCGGCCCUGAGCACGGAAGGCAAACGGAAGCUGCAGAUUGGAGUCAAGAAACGGGUAGACAACUGCCCCAUCAAGUCCCGCAAGGGGGACGUGCUCCACAUGCAUUACACGGGAAAGCUGGAAGACGGGACGGAGUUUGAUAGCAGCCUGGCUCGUGAUCAGCCGUUUGUCUUCUCCUUGGGGACCGGACAAGUCAUUAAAGGCUGGGACCAGGGCCUGCUUGGGAUGUGCGAAGGUGAGAAGAGGAAGCUGGUGAUUCCCUCCGAGCUGGGUUAUGGGGACCGAGGGGCACCGCCCAAAAUCCCAGGUGGUGCAACGUUGAUCUUUGAAGUUGAGCUGCUGAAGAUCGAACGACGGCAGGAAUUGUAGCUACAUCUCUUUGGGAAACCGGGGGGGUGGGUGGGGGGCACGUGGGGAGAGGUGUAAGAGAGGCAGAGAAAGAGAGAGAGAAAGAGAGACAGGGAAGGUAUCCAAAGAAGCGACUCUGGAAUUGUUGUGCGUCGAUUGGGCCAAAUAAAAGCACAGACCAGAUUUGUACUGUGA